GAACCAUGGCCGGCGUAGUCGACUUCCAGGACGAGGAGCAAGUGAAGUCCUUUCUGGAGAACAUGGAGGUGGAGUGCAAUUACCAGUGCUACCACGAGAAGGAUCCGGACGGUUGCUAUCGGCUGGUGGACUAUUUGGAGGGGAUCCAGAAGAAUUUCGAUGAGGCUGCCAAGGUGUUGAAAUUCAACUGUGAAGAGAACAAGCACAGUGAUAGCUGCUACAAACUGGGGGCCUAUUAUAUGACUGGAAAAGGUGGACUGACCCAGGACCUGACAGCUGCCUCCAAUUGCUUUCUGAUGGCCUGCGAGAAGCCUGGAAAGAAAUCUGUGGAAGCAUGUCACAAUGUUGGUCUCCUGGCACAUAAUGGACAGGUCAAUGAGGAUGGCCAGCCCAACCUGGGGAAGGCCAGGGACUACUACACAAGGGCCUGUGAAGGUGGCUAUGCCUCCAGCUGCUUCAACCUCAGCGUCAUGUUCCUGCAGGGUGCCCCUGGUUUUCCCAAGGAUAUGGGCCUGGCAUGUAAAUACUCAAUGAAAGCCUGUGACUUGGGCCAUGUCUGGGCCUGUGCUAAUGCCAGCCGCAUGUAUAAGCUCGGGGAUGGUGUUGAUAAGGACGAGGCCAAGGCUGAGGUGCUAAAAAAUCGGGCCCAGCAGCUGCACAAAGAACAGCAGAAAAGUGUCCAGCCCUUAACGUUUGGGUAGUGUGACCCACCCCCUCUCCCUAAGCAGCAGGUGGCUGGAGGCUGGCACCUCCUGUUUCUGAGACCUGAUGCAGCCCUUGAAGGUCAACCUGUUGAAGCAGGAAAACUUGGAACUUGGUAUCAGUAGCUCUGGUUACACAGAUCCAGUGCCCCAGAGUGUCCCCUACUGGGAUGUAGCCUGCAAUGUUUAUUUCAAUCAGUGUUCCUUUAUCUAGGUGUGUUCUGUGAAGACACCCACAUUUAUGGGGUUUUAGUUUUUAAACUCUUGCAGCUCUGAGAAAAAUAGGAGCAAACUUGAGAGCCAUAGAGAUGGGGGCAAGGGGAAACAAAUAACAGGAAUUUGGAAAAAUUACCAGCCCUAGGGCCUGAAGGAAUCAGCCAUCAUCAUCAUUAUUAUUAUCAUUAUUAUAAUUUUAGUUGGGAGGGUAUGAAAAUCAGAAAGUGUCUUGAUUUAUGUAAUAGAGGUCUUAAGGAGCUAAGAACAGUUAAAUAGUCAUGACUGCCACCCUCUGACUUACGUAAUCAUUGGUGUGGGCUUCCCUUUUGCCUUUAGCGUGAGAUCUUUCAGAAACAUCAUAGAGAUCAGGAGGGAUAUGCAACAUAAAGGCUAAAGGUUGUUUUGCUUCAGGGUUACUAAAGAAGAAGAAACAUGAGCCUGCCUUCUAGAAGAGACGUUCACAGUUACAAAUUAGCAUCCCUGGUUCACUCACCUGGCACUGCUCAUCAUGCUAAGGAAGCACAUUAUUCCCAAGGCAACUUUAGCUAGGAAUUUAUAAGCAAGGAUUUUGUGACAUAUUUUGCCUACUGGAACUGAAACUUUUGACUGUGCCUGUGAAUAAACUAUUUUGACUGAUUUGUA